AUGAGAAUUCUCAUCUCAAUCGCUUUCAUUGCCUACUUUCCUUUUGUGAAUGCAUUGCUCGAAUACGCGCCAUCAAAUGGAAUCCAAGAGCAAUUGAUAUUAAAUAAUUUGCUCGCGAAUUACGAUAUGCGAGUCCGACCACCGCCGACGAAUAUGUCAGAUCCAAGCGGUCCAGUGAUCGUCCGAGUGAAUAUCUUGAUUCGAAUGCUUUCCAAAAUCGAUGUCGUCAAUAUGGAAUAUAAUAUGCAAAUCACUUUCCGCGAAGAAUGGAUCGAUCGUCGUUUAGCCUAUCAAAAUUUGGGUUAUCAGAAUGCGCCAAAAUUUCUUACAGUGCCACAUGUAAAGGAUAAUUUAUGGAUCCCUGAUAGCUUCUUUCCAACAGAAAAAGCAGCUCAUCGUCAUUUGAUUGAUACAGAGAAUAUGUUCCUUCGAAUUCAUUCCGAUGGAACGAUUCUUUACAGUGUUCGCCUAUCGAUGACUCUUUCGUGUAGUAUGAAUUUACAGCUUUACCCUUUGGACACUCAACAAUGUAAUUUUGAUCUGAUCAGCUAUGCGCACACGACAAAGGAUAUCGUUUAUGAAUGGGAUACUCGUUUGGAGAAACCAGUUCAGAAAAAGGAUCAAGUGGGGAAAGAUUUGCCAAACUUUAUGUUACUCGAUCCGAUUGUGAUAAAUGCUGAUUGUACAAGUCAUACAAAUACCGGUUCGUACGCGUGCCUCCGAAUGACGUUGAGUUUAAAGCGGCAAUUCAGCUACUACGUUGUACAAUUGUAUGCACCAACGACGAUGAUCGUUUGCGUUUCAUGGGUUUCUUUUUGGAUUGAUAUGCAUUCAACAGCUGGAAGAGUGGCUCUUGGAGUCACCACAUUGCUUACAAUGACAACUAUGCAAUCAGCAAUCAACGCAAAACUCCCACCAGUUUCCUACAUAAAAUUGGUGGAUGUUUGGCUUGGAGCUUGUCAAACGUUCGUCUUUGGUGCGUUAAUCGAGUACGCUUUCGUCUCAUAUCAGGAUAAUUGUAGACAGACUGAGCGAAAACGCACCGCUGCUAUUCGAAAAGCACAGAAACGGGAUCGAGAGUUAGCGACUGAAGGACAAGGAUAUCAACCACCUUGCACAUGUCAUUUACUCUCCGAAGUGAAUUCUCUAUCAUUACGCGAGAAAUUUCGUCGCUAUUUCACAAAACCCGACUAUUUACCAGCACAAAUCGAUUUCUAUGCUCGUUUUGCUGUCCCCCUUGGCUUUGUCUUUUUUAAUAUUAUCUAUUGGUCUUCUUGUUAUUAUAUGACUUCACAACCAUUAACUAAUUCU